GCUCGCUUUUCCGUUCUCUCGCUUGCCCUCUCGUGAUUCGUUGGCGCCCGCGCGUUUCGUCACGGCGGCCAUUGCGCCGGGGCGGGACCACAAAAUGCGUUUACGUCACACUCCUGUCAAUCAUUCCAAAAGCGAGGGGAAACGGCCGCUUUCGUGGAACGGUCGACAAGGGCAUUCGCUUCGAAGAAUGAAUGGCCGUUGCCAUAGCAGCGCUAGUAGCAGACGAUGCGCCUGUCGUCUGCUCAUAAUGUCGUCGCUCGCCGAACAUGGCUGGCCCUGGCGGGGGUCGAGUUUUUCGAGAUUAAAACGCGAUCCGCCAUCGCCGAACGUUAGCGAUGUUAAUUAUUGAAAACAACUGUGAUCACAGUGAAAUUAAAUGCUGCGCCUGCGCUGUGAUAAAUAUAAAUAGUGCUGUUUUAAUUUUGAUUGAUCCGAGUGCAUUUGUCGAGAAUGCUCGCCGUUUCACGUUGUGCUCAGAGAAUCGCGUUCAUUGUUCGGCGGUUUGUUUGGUGCUCACGAGUCGCGAUGGCCGCUCCUAUUAUCGCGCUUUUGGAGUCGCUCGGGCAGCCUCGGCAACGCAUCUUUCGGGACGCAUUUGACGAGCUUACCGAGGAAGAGUUCCGCGACCACUUCAGGCUCUCGAAGCGCACUGUGCGCUGGCUCUGCGAGCAACUGGAAGACGCCAUCGGUGGCCUUCGGACCGGUGGCAUCACGACGCAAGAGAGGGUGCUUUGUGCUCUCCGUUUCUUCGCGACGGGGAGCUACCAAAGAUCCAUCGGCAGCGAAGAAUUCGUAUCGAUGGGGCAAGCUUCCGUGAGCGAAAGCAUUCACGCAGUUGCGGAAGCAAUAACCGUGGUGGGCCGGCAACAGGGCUGGGUAAGCUUCCCGUUGUCAACGGCCGGCAAGGCUACUGCAAAGGCGGCCUUUGCGGAUCGGGGCCGCAUUCCCGGUGUAGUGGCCUGCGUCGACGGGACGCUCAUAGCGAUCAAACAGCCCGAAGGACUCAGCCCGGGCGAGACCGCGGGCUUCAUGUCAAGAAAAGGCUUCUACGCCUUGAAUACCAUGAUCGUGUGUGAUGCCCACAUGCGCAUCGUGGACAUCGAUCCCCGUUUCCCCGGAUCGUGCCAUGACUCCUACGUGUGGAGGCACUCACCACUGUUAGGCCGCCUCACACGUAACCUGCGACGUGGAGAAUGGGUGCUUGGAGACUCGGGCUACCCUCUUGAGCCAUGGCUGCUGACUCCUGUGCCAGGCCAUCCAGGCAUUGACACUCCGGAGGGGCGCUACAACCAGGCCCAUGCCUCCAUGAGGAACGUUGUGGAGAGGGCUAUUGGCGUCUUGAAGGCAAGGUUCCGGUGCCUUCAAAGGUACCGGACACUCCUUUAUGAGCCCAAGGAUGCAGCAACAAUCGUGGCAGCCUGCGCCGCUCUCCACAACAUUGCUUUGAAGGCAGGGGAGCCGGAGCUGCAGGACAGUGAUGAGGAGGCUGAUGACAACCAGCCACCGCUGCAACAGGGCUUGCCUGUGUCUCAAGGGCACCACACCUGCCGGCAAGAAACGCCCAGAGAGCUGCUGAUGAGGGCGAAGCAGAUGAGGAGCCAGGUUGUCAACCUGUUCUCUGCGGCCCCUAGCUGGCGUACCACUCACCUGCGUAUGCUGCAUCGUCGGCUGAGGCAGCAACAGCAGCCUCGUCGUGCGGCUCAACCGUAAAGCCAGCCACUGCCUCCUGCAUCAGCUGGCCCAAGAGCUGUGAAAGCUGCCCCACUGGCCGCAGUGCCUCCGCUACUUGGUCGGCCUGCCGCUCCACAGCAGCCACGACCCGCUCAGUAGCUGCAGCCAGCCGGUCUACGCCUUGGCGGAUACCACGCAGGAGCUAGAAAUAAAUAAUUACAUCAGCAUCCAUUCCCGCACAAUCGGUCAAGCACCUCUACAGCAAAGUGACCUGCAUAACGAAAGAGUAAUUAUGUUCGGUCGGUUCCUAGUGAGGCGUGCUGUGCACAAUGUUUACAAAGUGAGCUGUAAAACGGAUGAUUUCGGUGGUCCCAAGCACUUUAGGUAUAAAGGCGCUCAACUGCAUGUAUGCUCAUUCAGAUUACCAUAUGUUCAUUAGUUAUGGGGACAAGGACAAACACUUUCUAUGUUGUUGUCUGUCUGCACCAUUGUAUCUGUUUUUUGUUGUUGGUUUUCAUGUAGUUGUGCAAAGAAAUAUCAAUACCAUAUGUACUUUUAUGCUGUCGAGCCGCCGGAAAGCUAACAGAUGGCAUAGCAAUAAGUUUGGGAUUGCAAAUGAGCAAGCGACCUUGACAUGUAUCACUGUAGCAAAGAAUGCUAGGCCCUAUGUUGCAUUUUGUUGCAAAAGCAUGUAUUGGACCCUGUAUAUAAAUUGUUAUUCAAGCAUUGCAAGCUGUCGCACUGCCAUUAUAUGUGAUGUUUCCCAGCCUUCCAGAACAAGUUAGCAACUUCAAACUUUGUGGAAAUAGCCACAGUCCUGAGUGUAUUGUGUGGCAAAGUUUUCCUCUUACUGCCUUAAUUACAACCAUUGCAACUCAUUAAUUAACAGUGUUCUCCUUUUUUAUGUUUCAAUAGUUUAUUGAGGUUUGUGUUCUCCAUCGUCCUCAAUGAACUAUGCAAGCUAUAGUGUUUCUAAGUGCGUCAAAAUAAAGGAAACUUUACGGCGAUGUGCAAGCUAAAUUUGAACUGUGAGUUAGCUGCCGCCUUUGCAAAUAAUUAUGAAGAUGAAGGGCCCAGAGCAUUUUAGGUGUUUUACAUAUGCCACUCAAUUUACGCCGCUGCCUUGGGAAAAAUGUUUCAGACAUGAAUAUUUUUGUGUGAUGGGGGAGAACUAUCACAAUCAGCAUGCACAAUCCGAUGUGUGUGGUGCAAUUACAGCAUAUGCGGAAAAAUUCAUUAGGUAAUACUUGAAGGUGGGCGGCCAAGGUUUGAAACGAGUAAGUCAUAUGAGGCAGUGUUCUAAAACAAGUGAUUUAAUUACAGGCAACUUGCCAUGUCUAUGAAACUGCUCAAAAGAAAGAGCUUUAGUGGAAAUAGGAAUGUGUGAAGCUGUUAUUGUGUGAUUGAUUGCAAGUGUCCCUGUUGUCUAGUCCACCCAGUUAUUGCCUGUUGCAGAAAUGCUAAUGGCAGUGAUUACUGUGUUUGAAGCUGUUACAUUGUGUUAAUGAUUGCAAGUGACCGUGUUUAUGACCAUGUACGUAAUGUAUGAUGAUGUUCUCGUCCGUCUCCCUUAGUCUUUUUUUUUUCAGUUCAGCUAUUGAAACACGUGUUAGCCAUGUAUGUGAGUUAGUGACCUGUGCAGCUCAUCAAAUUGCUAAAAAAAUGUUACACCUGUCUACUGUCAUUCUAUUACGCUCCACCAUAUAAAGCAGGCAAGGGCACACGCA